AUGGACGCAGCAGGCCCUAAACAAUUUGAUUAUCUUUUUAAAAUUGUCUUAAUAGGUGAUUCGGCUGUUGGUAAAACAAAUUUGUUAAGUCAACUAAUUCAUAAAAAGUAUUUAUCAGACAGUCGAGCCACAAUAGGUGUUGAAUUUGGGACAAUGACAUUUAAUAUUGAUAAUAAAAUAAUUAAAGCACAAAUUUGGGAUACCGCGGGUCAAGAAAGGUAUCAAGCAAUAACGCAUGCUUACUACAGAGGAUCAAGCGGAUCAAUUUUGGUAUACGAUGUCACUCAACCCAACACACUAAAAAAGGCAUUAGAAACUUGGUUGGUACAAUUGAAAAAUCAUACAGAAAAUAUUCCUAUCAUGCUGAUUGGCAAUAAAACGGAUUUACAACGUCAGGUAUCAACAGAAAAUGGGAAAGAAGAAGCUUUUAGAAAUUCUAUAAUGUAUUUUGAGACAUCAGCUAAAACAGGUGAAAAUGUAAAUGAAGCUUUUCAUGAAUUAAUUACUGUAAUUUACAACAAGCACAAGGAAAAAGAAUUAAAAAAAGGCAGUAAAGCAAAAAGUAAAACCUUCUCUGGCAAGGAAAUUAAAAACAUAAAACAGAAAAAGAAAAAAAGCUGUUGUUAA